AUGCAUCUGCAAGUCAUCGACAAGUCAUGCAUCUGCAAGUCAUGCAUCAGCAAGUCAUGCAUCGGCAAGUCAUGCAUCAGCAAGUCAUGCAUCGGCAAGUCAUGCAUCAGCAAGUCAUGCAUCUGCAAGUCAUGCAUCAGCAAGUCAUGCAUCAGCAAGUCAUGCAUCGGCAAGUCAUGCAUCAGCAAGUCAUGCAUCAGCAAGUCAUGCAUCGGCAAGUCAUGCAUCGGCAAGUCAUGCAUCAGCAAGUCAUGCAUCAGCAAGUCAUGCAUCAGCAAGUCAUGCAUCGGCAAGUCAUGCAUCAGCAAGUCAUGCAUCAGCAAGUCAUGCAUCGGCAAGUCAUGCAUCAGCAAGUCAUGCAUCAGCAAGUCAUGCAUCGGCAAGUCAUGCAUCGGCAAGUCAUGCAUCAGCAAGUCAUGCAUCAGCAAGUCAUGCAUCAGCAAGUCAUGCAUCGGCAAGUCAUGCAUCAGCAAGUCAUGCAUCAGCAAGUCAUGCAUCAGCAAGUCAUGCAUCAGCAAGUCAUGCAUUUGCAAGUGCAGCAAUAACAACACCGCGUGA